UCCGGUCUGAAGACACAUAGGCGGCGGCAGGCGGGCUGGCACAGUGCGGACAGACCGGAGUGGAUCCGGGAUGCGAACAGAUGACGCUGGACAAUGAGAGAAAGUGGAGUCAGACGCACUGAGCCGCAGCGAUAAGACAGCGCGCCGCAAAAUGAAGACACCUAUGCGCCAUGGGGUCGCCGUGCUUCUCGUGCUUCUCCUGUGCGCCAGCUUGUUCCUUGUGUACAACGGCAGCUUCAACGGCGCUUCCAGGGACGCUAACGAUACGCACAUCCGACAGCAUGAACAGCUGCGGCGGCCCACUGAAGCCUCCGUCAGGGUGGCCAAGCCUCACCCCCCGGUCCUCCAGGGAUACAGUGGCAUCAUCGACCAUAAGCCUCUCAGGAUGCACUGCCAGACCUGCGCCCUGGUGACCAGCUCAGGUCACCUCAUCGGAGGCGGCCGGGGUGAAGAGAUUGACCGGGCCGAGUGCGUCAUCCGCAUGAACGAUGCCCCCACUGCCAGAGGCUACGCCCGAGACGCCGGUCGCCGCACCUCUCUGCGCGUCAUCGCUCACUCCAGUAUGCAGAGGGUCCUGCGGAGUCGCCACGAGCUGCUCAACGCCAGCCAGGACACGGUGUUCAUCUUCUGGGGCCCCAGCAGCUACAUGAGGCGCGACGGGAAGGGCCUGGUGUACAACAACCUGAGACUGAUGAACCAGGUGCUGCCCAAACUCAAAGUCUACAUCAUCUCCUGGCAGAAGAUGCUGCAGUUCGACGAGCUCUUCAAGAAGGAGACGGGCAAGGACAGGAGGAUAUCAAACUCCUGGCUGAGCACCGGCUGGUUCACAAUGACCAUCGCCCUGGAGCUGUGUGAUAGGAUCAAUGUCUACGGCAUGGUUGCCCCGGACUUCUGCAGGGAGCCUCAGCACCACUCCGUCCCCUACCACUACUAUGAGCCAAGGGGUCCAGAUGAGUGCGCCAUGUACAUUUCUCAUGAGCGUGGCCGGCGGGGCAGCCACCACCGCUUCAUCACAGAGAAGCGGGUCUUUGCCAACUGGGCACGGACUUUUGACAUCCACUUUUACCAGCCGGACUGGAGCCCCCCACCACUCCCAGCCAACCAGACGCUAGAGGGGACGGUAACAGCAGUGCGCCAGAUACCCCAGAAGACGUGACCGGUGUUAGGGUGAAGAAGAUCCUUUAGAGAUUCAUCUCAGAAAGACUGAAGAUGGGGAACAUUUGCGUGGAGCCCUACUGGACCCUUUAACAGAAAGAUAAAACAUAACAUAACAACACAAGGCAAGAAAAAUAGUUACCACAGAUAAAGACUGGGUCUUGUUGAUCCUGCUGGACAUUUGUUAUGAACAUUUCUCCAGCUCCACCACUGCAGCUCCAGCGGUGUGUUUUGUUUACUGAGGCAAACCAGUUCAAAGUUGUACAUCCAUUUCUGAAAACCUUGAAAAGCGAAGUUAUACAAGGAGGCAACAUCAUUACACUCCACUCUCAAUGCAUGCAUGCAGUGUCUUACUGUGGAUCCUCCUUGUCUUUGUGCGUGUGUGUGUUUACCAGAGGGAUCACAGAGGAUACAAACUUGAUUUUGGCUCUCCACAAAGCCUCUGCUGGUUGAAGGAUAUAUGCAGGAUUCACUGCUUACAGUUUGUUGAAAGAAAAAUACCAUUUCAGUGCCCGUAAUCUAACAAUGUAGUGCUUGAGACCGUGUAAACUGAAUACUAAUAAUUCUUUAGCUUGAGUUCAGUUAGAAAGUAUGAAUUAUCGCUAUUCAGAUGUUAUAUUCUUCUGCAGAUUGAAGAGGUCAAGUUGGAUGAGAUUCUUUAGAACACAGUGUCGUGCAACAAAGGCUCAAACUCCUUCAAAGGAGAUAUCAAUCACUUCCCUAACUUUCAUUUACACUGCCUUUCAGAUGGGUGUGUUGUAAGCUCACUGAAGUGUCACCCAAGUCAAACUUUGCAAUGCAGCACUUCCUGGCUGAAUGACAAGUGUGUAACAUUAACUUGGAGGUGUUAUCUCAUGCGUUUGCACCUCCUCUGCCCCGUAUAUAUGUAUCAUAAGGCUUUGUCGGCUCCUGUCACCAGUUAAUAGCACGAUUUAUACAUAGCUACAAGCUGAAUUUCCAUGUAAAUGCACAGCUAUGUCACACAAGACAAGUGGGAGAUUAAGAUCGAGAGCAGGGAUGCAGCAGCGGCAUCUAUCCUACUGUAUUCAUCUGCUGCUGCUACCGCCUUGCAGGAGAAUUACACCAUUUGUUUGUUAAAUUGAUGAAUACGUGUUCUGCUACUCUUACCCUCUCUCGCUCUCUAUUUUUGUUUUAUGUGCACUCUCCUCUGAUUUGUUGGAGUAUAUAUUACGUGUAGACUGCCCCUUCACCUCUCUGAGAUCCCAUACCCCAGUAAUAAGAAUCAGGUCUUCAGUCUGGGGAAAGUCAUGACACAUGUUGUUAUCCUAAUGAGACAUCCUGGUGCUAAGUCCCUAUUGAUUUUGCCCUCAUCUCUGUAAUAUGAUUAAUGAGAGGAGAGAUGCUGUGAGUCAGAUACAUGGUGCUCACACCAUGAGAACGUGUUUCACAUCACGUUUCCUCUCUGAUGAGGAUACAAUUGCUUUUCACACAUCACAAACAGCUGCAGGAGCUGCUGACUUUGUACAAGUAGCCCAAGACCAAGAGACGUGUUUGUUUUUGGGAGAUGUUGACUCAUCUGCCAACGGCUGUGCACAGUGGUCUGUAUUUGCAUAGUGAUAAGCACUUGAAUAUUUUGGGGGUUUUGCCUAAUUAACUCAAUCAUAGUAUGCUGUUUAGAGCUGCUACUACUGCCUAUUUUCAUUUGAGAUUGUUUGAUAGAUAAAAAGUCAGAAAAUAGUGAACAAUGUCAAGUUCCCAAGUCCAAGGUGACAUUUUCAGAUGGCUUGUUGGGUCCAAAACCUGAAUAUGAUAAAUUUACAGUGAUUAAAUGUUUGCUUUAUAAAAAAGUUAAAGGAAUAGGUUGACAUUUUGGAAAUACAUUUAUUCUAUUGGCUAUUUUACGGGGGUGGGGUGGGGGUGGGGGGGUGAUGUGCUAAACCAUUUCUUGAUUCCAGGAAGUUCCUGGUCCCAGUCAAGAAACAUUUCAGCAUGCAACCCCCCCUAAAACGUUGAGCUGUCAUUUUUACACUUGCGCUAGUGUUUGUACAAACAAAGAAGAUAUAUAUAUUAAUUAGUUAGCUUUAGUUAGUCUUUUUGCUAAGCUAAGCUAAUUGGCUGCUAACUCCAGACACAUGUAUACUGUACAAAGUGUUAUCAAGCUAACUCUCUGAAAGAAAGCGCAUCUCCCAAAAUAUCAAACUAUUCCUUUAUCGAUUAAUAAGUUAUUAAUUGUUGCCAAUUAAUUUUCUGUUGAUCGACUAUCUGACUAAUCAUUUCGGCACUGUCGUUGUUAAUAUGUUUUCCUUUGUUCUCUUUUUGCACAUGAUGGAAAUAUAUCAGUCCACUCAAUAAAAUUCUUUUUAUCACUA